AUGAAACUUAUUUGGCGUUAUGCUGUUGCAACUGCCACCGUUCUUAUAUCAUACACUAUAUGGAAAUUAUCUAUGUAUCUUCGGGUAUUAACACUGGAUGAAAAUCACAUAAAAUAUGACAAACAGCUAAUUGGUCUUAAUUUUUCGACGGUUUUGGCUGACUGGUCGAAUUUGGAUUGUAGAGAAAAAGAAAUAUUGCUCGGCAAACAAAUGUGUAGACCAGAAUGUAAGCCGGGUUAUUUUAGUUUGGAUGGUUUCCGUGAGUGUCAUCCGUGGUUGAUGUGUGAAGAAAUCAGAGAAGAAGUUAAACAGACCGGCGAAUUAGUCGGAUCCGGGGCUGUUAAACAGGUAUACCUAGCUGAAUGGAAGGGAUAUCAAAUUGCUUAUUGUAAUCUUACUACAGCGAGUUACAAAGAUGACUUCCAUCAUGGUCUGGAAAUGAUCAAAUCAUUCCAACACAGUGAAUUUGUUGUACAGUUAGUCGGCUACUGUCACAGUGAUGAUGUAAUGCUCUUAGAAUACCAUCCUUUAAAAUCAUUUGACAAUAUGAACAGUAUAUUAUCUCAGGAAACAUUUUCCCAUUUCAACACCGUGCUGUUAAGAUUCCAACUUUGUAUACGCUAUGUAGAGAUUCUGAAUUUCUUGCACACUGGUCCGCUUGGAACAUACGUGAUGUGUGACUCUAAUGACUUAUUCAAGACCUUGUCACAGUACCUGGUGACUGAUGAUAUGAGUCUUGUAGUUGCAGAUUUAGAUGCUCUUCCAAACGUCGACCACAAGUCCGGAAUUACCGCAAAAUGUGGACAUAGGGAGCUAAUCGGAAGGUUUGUAGCUCCUGAACAGCUGUGGCCAUACGAUGACACAGAUUUUAAUGAUGAUAAUAUGCCUGGAUAUGAUGAGAAAACAGACAUCUGGAAAAUUCCAGAUGUGGUUGAUUUCAUAUUAGGAGACAUUCCAGGAAGUGAUGCUGUUAGAUUUCAUUUAUUUAAAAUUCAUAGGAAAUGCAAAGAAGUGGUUGCUAAGUUACGACCUAGUACACUUGAUAUUAUUAAAGAAUACAAACUAACUUAUAGUUACUUUAGGAAUACAAGAAGCUGA